AUGGAUAGUUACAAAGAGAGUGAUCCUUGGAAUACCAGCUCUAAUGCGUGGAAGAAAGAUGACGAUCCUGUCGUUCCUACCAUCAAUAGUGAUUCUGAUUUUAACAGGAUCUCCAGCGAAUUUAAUACUCUGAAUAUUUCAGCAUCGCUGGAACCUAAUGAGGAAGAUACUGGGUUUUUACCAGCAGAUGAUGUGGUUGAAGAAAGUAUCUGGGAUGAUAAUAGAAAUACUCUUGGUGGAGGCGGUAUACACCGGACUUCCAGUAUAAUGACUAACGAAACGGUUGCAGACCAGAAUGAUGCUGAAAAUUCGAACUCAGAAGAAACUGAAACUGAUAUAUAUGAUUGGUCCAAUAAUAUUAGAAGAACAUACAGACCUCUAGCUGCUGACAUUAUCACAAUCGAGGAGAUACCUGAAAGAGAGGGUUUACUGUUUAAGCACGCAAAUUAUCUAGUGAAACACCUUAUUGCUCUACCAGGCACUUCUCCUUCCGAAGAUCGUACUGUCAUAAGGAGAUAUUCUGAUUUUUUAUGGCUAAAAGAAGUUCUUUUGAAAAGGUACCCUUUUAGAAUGAUCCCUGAACUGCCUCCUAAAAGAAUUGGAUCUCAAAGUGCGGAUCAGAUUUUUCUGAAGAAAAGGAAAAUAGGAUUGUCUAGAUUCAUCAAUUUAGUAAUGAAGCACCCUAAAUUAAGCAAUGAUGAUUUGGUAUUAACAUUUUUAACCGUGCGCACUGACUUAACAAGUUGGAGAAAACAAGCAACCUAUGAUACGUCAAAUGAAUUCACUGAUAAAAAGAUAUCACAAGAAUUUAUGAAAAUGUGGAAAAAAGAGUUUGCAGAACAUUGGAACCAGGCCGCAUCUUGUAUUGACACUUCUAUGGAUCUAUGGUACAGAAUUACGCUACUUUUAGAAAGACAUGAAAAAAGAAUUACGCAAAUGGUUCACGAAAGGAACUUCUUUGAAACGCUAGUGGACAAUUUUGGCGAAAUAACUCCAAAGCUAUAUCCAGUCCAACAAAACAGUACCAUAUUGGACAUUAAUAACAAUUUAAGUAUAAUUAAAAAACACCUAGAAACUACAAGUAACAUCUGUACACAGGAAACAGAAGAAGUAUCGGAAAAACUGUCCCCCAAAUUCAAGAUUUUCACAGACAUCUUACUCUCUUUGAGAAGUUUGUUUGAAAGAUACAAAAUCAUGGCUGCGAAUAACGUGGUUCAAUUACAAAGCCAUGUUGAAUUAAAUAAAGAGAAAUUGGAAUCAAUGAAGGGGAAGCCAGAUGUCAGCGGAGCUGAGUAUGAUAGGAUAAAAAAAAUCAUCCAGAAGGAUAGAAGGAGUAUAAUAGAGCAGUCCAAUAGGGCUUGGCUGAUCAGGCAGUGUAUUUUAGAGGAAUUCACGAUUUUCCAAGAAACUCAAUUUUUAAUAACACGUGCCUUUCAAGACUGGGCAAAAUUAAACUCUAAUUAUGCCGGUCUCAAACUGAACGAGUGGGAAAAGUUAGUUACAAGCGUCAUGGAUAUGCCUAUCACUCGUGAAUAA